ACAAGGGGAAGACGGCGAGUGAAAGUGUAUUACCACCUGACUAACUGAGACAGUUACACAAUCUCUGUCUCUCACCCUCCACAAGACUUCAGUUUAUGUAGGAAGAGAGAAGAAGCUGCACUCUCUUGUGGUAAUGGUGGCCUAAAUUUUGUUGGAAAGGGGAGGAGAUAUGGCAUGCACAAAACCUCUCUCUGCAACUGAAUAUUGAUGCAGCACCUAAAGAAGGCACCUUGUGACACUCAUCACUCGAUUGGAGGCAGGCUUAAGAGACACCGUGUUACAGUGAGGAACUUUUCUUGGAGGGACUACACAAUCCUUUUGUUAUGGUUGCAAGUAUUCCAGUUUCUCAAGAUAGUGACUCUAAUGUGCUUCCUUCUGUGCACGUUGCAUGCAAGAUACUGGAAUCUCUGUCUGUCCUUGUUGAUCAUAUGCCUAUCUGUGUUAUGAUGAGCUGAAUCCAUCAUAAUAGAUUCCCAUGCCCUUCCAUUAACCCCUCUAACGAUGCACUGACCAACUGCAAGAACAAGCACCCUAUAUUCAAUUCAGAUCAUUGUUCGAAGAUUCGGCCCUGCUGACUCUGACUCGGCUUGGGCAGGAUGGCAAGGCAAAUUUGGUAUACAAGCUCCAGGCAACGAUUUAGGAAAGACUUUCAAUUGGCAGUAUGGAUCAUAAAACCUGGCUAUGGCGGAAAAAACCUUCUCAAAAGACUAUAGUGGUGGGUGAGAAAUUGAACCUUUCAUCAAAUGAAAGUGAAGAACAGAAUAAUGAGAUUGACAAAGUUGUCGAUUUGGAAAGAUCCUUGAAAGAUCUAAAUGAAAGGCUAUCUUCUUCCCUCAAUGAGAGUAGAGCCAAAGAUGAUAUUGUAAAGCAACAUUCAAAGGUGGCAGAAGAAGCCAUUGCCGGCUGGGAAAAGGCAGAAGCUGAAGCUGCAUCCUUUAAGCAAGAAUUGGAUGGGGUAGUAAGGCAGAAGGUAGCUGCAGAAGAACGCAUUGUUCAAUUGGAUGCAGCUUUAAAAGAAUGUACAAGACAGCUGCGUCAUGUUCGUGAAGAACAGGAGGAGAGGAUUCAUGAUGCAAUCAUGAAGACAACAAGGGACAUGGACAAGGUUCGGAUUGAGAUAGAGGAAAAGCUUUCUGAAACAAGUAAGAGACUCAUUCAAGUAACUGCAGAUAACAACCAAUUGCAUAAAGCCCUUCAAGUUCAAGAGAAAUUAAUUGAAGAGAUAAGUGAGAGGAAGUCGCAGGCAGAAGCAGAUUUCAAUGCAUUAUUGAGCAGAUUAGAUUCAGCAGAAAAAGAUAACUCUGCCUUGAAAUAUGAGGUUUGCAUGCUUGAGAAGGAGCUUGAAAUUCGAAAUGAAGAGAGAGAAUACAAUCUAAAAUCAUCUGAAGCAUCACGUAAGCAACAUUUAGAGAGCAUGAAAAAGAUAGCAAAGUUGGAAAUGGAAUGCCAGAGAUUACGCCUUCUGGUUCGGAAGCGAUUGCCAGGGCCUGCUGCUCUGGCACAAAUGAAAAAUGAAGUUGAGAAUUUGGGAAGGGAUGCAUUUGAUCAAAGGAAAAAGAAGUGGAACGCAUCACAUGGUUCAGCUCUAAUUGUAAGAGACUACUCUCUAUCUGAUGAUGCUCAGGAGGCUGCCAAUAAGAGAAUAUCUAUUUUAACAGAGAGGUUAUGGGAAAUGGAGGAAGAAACCAAAAUUCUCAAGGAAACCCUGACCAAGAAGAACAGUGAACUUCAAUCUUCAAGGACCAUGUGUGCACGUACAGUUUCCAAGUUAUCACAAGUAGAGGCACAACUUGGAGUUUUCCUUAAAGGAGAAAAUUGUCUAGAGUUAAUGAGGAGCCCUAUCUCACAUGAUAUUAGCCUCUCUUCAAUAUCUGAAGAUGGAGGUAAAGAAGAUGAAGCUAGCUGUGCUGAAUCAUGGGCUUCUGCUUUAAUCUCAGAGCUCGAGCAUUUUAAGAAAGAGUCACCAAAUGUCCCACCAUCAUGUAGGUCACUUGGGGCUACUGAACUGAGUCUGAUGGAUGAUUUUGUUGAAAUGGAACGAUUGGCUGUAGUUUCUGCUGGUAAUCCCCAAGAAUGUAUGCAUCCUAAUUCUACGACACAUGGUAAUGGAGGUGAGAAUGGCCACUUUAAGACUGAACAGAGUGAGCCUUCAUCAGAAGUGACUGGCAAGGAGCUUGUCCCCUACAGUGAUGGUCACAAAGGAGUGGAUAAUGAGAGUCAGAAUCUCAUACUAAAAUAUCCUUCUAAAGAAAAAUUCUCAAGUUGGCUGCAUGAUCUCCUGAAAAACAUCCUUCAGGAUCGUGUUUCACAGAAGUGUUUGGAUGAUAUACUGGAGGAGGUUAGGAUCGCUGUUACAGUUUAUCUGUAUUCUUUGUCUGAGGAAGCUAUUGAUUUGAACAAAUGCUCAAGCAAUUCUGAAACUCUGGAUUCCCCUAUUGUGAAUAGUCACAUCUCUUGGAAAUCUCCUUUGGCACCUCCUUGCAUGAAUUUAUUGGAUGGAGUGUGUGGGACCCAUUUAUUUUUCAAGGAAGGAAAUAAGCAUUCUAUUUCUCCUAGAUUAAACAAAGCUAUCAGCAAAAUAAUUGAGCUUAUUAAUGGGUUAAGUCCAACAAUUCUUACUGAUUAUAAUGAUAAUCAGUUCGCUUUUAAUAAAGGGGAUCAGUCACUACCAUACAAGAGCCCAAAUGCAAAUACAGGCUACACUAUGCGUGUUUUUCAGUGGCAGAGUACUGAAGUUAAAGCAGUCAUUCAGAAAUUUUCUCAGGUCUGCAAUGAUCUUUUGCAGGGAAAUGCUGAUCUUGAUCGAUUUGCUGUAGAGUUGAGUGCAACAUUUGACUGGAUUGUAAGCCAUUGCUUUUCUCUUCAAGAUGUUUCGAAUAUGAAAGAUGCAAUCAAGAAAAAUCUUCAUUGGGAUGAGCAGUCAUGCAGUGAUGGUGAACUUGAAGAUGAAGCUCAUCAUACUCCAAGAUCUAAAGAUUCAAAGCAUAUGAUUCAGAAAUCACCUUCUGAUAGCUCAGCAAGUCAAGACAAGGAAGAUGUCGAACAUAAGCUUAGAGAAGAAAAUGAGAGACUGAAUUUGGAAAUAUUGAAUGUGACAUCAGAAAAGAAAUAUUUGGAACACAGUUUGCAGGUGGCAACUGAAACUAAUGAAUCUUUGAAGGUUCAACUUCAGGAUUUGGAGCAAAACAUAGCAAACAUACAAGAGGAGCUGGCAGCAAUGAAAGAAUCCAAGGGACUGAUUGAGGAUCAAAUGGAAAAUCACAAGCUAUUAAAUGAAGAUCUCGACACCCAGCUUUCAGUUGCCAAAGUUGAAUUAAAUGAAGCACACCAAAAGUUUACUUCUCUGCAGGUUGAGCUUGAGGACAAGAAAAAUUGUAGUGAAGAGUUGGAGGCAACCUGUCUCGAACUACAGCUUCAGUUGGAAAGUGUGGCAAACAAAAAAUUAUCCAAGCCUGAUAUGGAUGGAGAGGAAAUGCAAAUGAGAACGAAUUGGGAGAUUUCAGCCGCAUCAGAGAAGCUGGCAGAGUGCCAAGAAACCAUCUUGAACCUGGGGAAACAGUUGAAGGCACUUGCAGCACCACAUGAUGCUGCGCUCUUCGAAAAGGUCGUCAUCUCCUCCACAAACCGCCGCCCUUCCCUAUUGGAUCGGCUCAUAGAGGAUGAUGAGAACACAAAGGCAACUGAAAACCAAAGAUCAUCAUCAUCCCCCAAGACCAAGGAAAUCAUUUGCUCUGCUGAUGCCCCACCGGCUGGUUUGUUCUUUGGCAGGAAUGUAUCUUCUAAUCUCAAGAAGGCUGCUGAGAAGCCUGUUGGAAAUAGUUUUCACGCUUCUCCAGUGAAGUCUCCUAGCCAGUUCUAUGGGUUGAAAACUAUGGACACCAUAACCAGUGGUGGAUCUCUUUCUAUAGUGCCUAAGAGACAAUCUGGGGGUGUCAGUCUACUGAAGAAGCUGUUACUGAGGAAGAAGAGAGGAAGCAAUAAGAAGACUUAAUGCUUCUUUUUACAUAUCGAAAGAGAGAGGCAUAAAACAUAAUAGAAGUUUUAAAGAGUGCUGUGAAUGUCUUUGAAUCCUAUGGGUCAUUAUGAAAGGGAAUGAAAUGAAUGUAAUGAAUUAUUGGUUUUAAGAGGAAGGUGUGGGAAGAAUGGAAUAAUGGGGUAGGUUGGUUUUAUAGUUAACUUACUAGAGUCUGGUUUUUGUAAUUGUGCAUUUUUUUUUUCUUUUCCAUUUGAAUUUUGGAAGGGGGAAGAGUGGACUGAGGGAGGGAAUGUGGUUAGAGUUUUGAAGGAUUUGGAGCUUGUCUAUGGUUUGUAUUUAAUGUACAUACGUGUUAUGAAAAGUUUGAUUUUCUGC